AUGGCAUUCACCAAAAGUGUCUAUUCAGCAGAGCCUGCAUUGCCAGUCCUUGCUGAUUCUCUGCUGUGCCAGUCAGAAUCGAGCAUCCAAAACCCAGCUCCACAAUCCAAUAUCCCAGCUGCAGACAACGAAUGGAACCUGAAAUAUGACUGGAAAAAGGGCGUUCACAUAGACAGCAAGAGUGUAUUCCGUUGCGGCACAGUCCUUGGAUUCUCCAGGCUACGAGGGCGAAGCGAAGAAACACACGAAUACAUCGGCGAGGUACGAACUAUCAAGCCCGAGAAGUCCAAUAAAAUUGACCGACCACAGAUCCCCCGGUAUCUCUUAACCAGUCAUCUCCGAAGCAUAACACAACACAAAGAACCCAGCACAUUCAUAAUAUACCCAGGCAACUUCGACGCCUUCGAUCCACAGAACCUCUUUGACGAUCUAACAUCACCAAAAGACCAAGACCAACCAAGUCUCACAGAAAAAGAAGCCAUCCAAAAAAUGGACACUGUCCAGCUCCUAGCAGUCUCCGAUUUCCAAGAAGCAGCACAAGCCAUCCGCCAAUACUCAGAAGUGAUAUACAAACUCGAACAAAAGCGCCAAGAAGCACGAAACAACCCCGAAAGCGAAACCCACCACUCAAGUUCCGAUGCAAUCAUGUUGAUAGUAGUUGGACUAGACUACCUCAUCGAAGGAGUAAUCCGCGCUUCAAAUCCAGGAAAGGGCGUAGCUAAACUGACAGCCGCGCUGCGCUCGUUGACGACAUUAUCGCGGGCUCACGAUUCCCAUCUCUCUAUCGUUCUUGUGAACAUGAGUGGAUUGGGCCCGUUUUAUCCGGAUUUGGGCAGAAAUUCGCAUUCGACCGGGUCUCCCCAUGUGCAUGCAAGUGUGAAUUCUCGGGGCGAUGAUAGUGUCAAGGCACUUGACUAUGCUAUUCACUCUGUGUUUCAUUCGGAGAUUCUCCUGUUUCCGAAUCUGAUUAUGAAAACGCUGGAUCAGGGGACGGAUACGCAUUUCCUUGUUUCUGAUGUUCGACGGGUGCAGGUGCUUGAGGUUAUUAAGGAUCGGAUUGGGGGCAGUCUUGGGAAAUGGGGGGUUUGGAAUGAGCAUCGAGAGAUUCUGUACUAG